ACAUAGCUACAUGGAAUGUCCGUGGCCUUUUACAACCGGGCAAACAAGCUAUUCUGGAGAAGGAACUGGAACGAACCAAUAUCUCUGUGGCCGGGCUCUCUGAACUUCACUUCCGUAACGAGGGGCACUACAUAACUAAUUUGGGACAUUUCAUGUGCUUUUCAGGCAACACUAACAAAAGUAUCAAUGGUGUUGGCUUUUGGGUUUCAAAAUCUCUUUCUCCUUAUAUACUGGGAUAUCAAGCUAUCAGUGAUCGUAUAAUUUCCUUAAAACUAAAUGGAUCUCCCUCUAUCGUCCAUUUGAUUCAGGUAUAUGCGCCUACCUCAACUGCUGAUGAUGAUACAACUGAAUCUUUUUUCAACGAACUGGAAUCAUAUCUGCAAAAUAUCCCAAAUAAAGAAAUCGCUAUCAUCAUGGGUGAUUUAAACUCAAAAAUCGGUGUUACUAUGGAUGACGAACAUAUUCGAAAUAUUGUGGGUAGAUAUGGAAUAGGUGAACGUAAUUCAAGGGGAGACCGCCUUAUCCAGUUCUGCGUUGACAAUGACUUGACAAUAAUGAACUCUAUGUAUAAGCACCACCCCAGAAGAUUGUACACUUGGAUCUCACCUGGCGGACGACACCGAAAUCAAAUCGAUUACAUAAUGAUUAAACAUCGCUGGAAAACAUCUAUUAGCCAAUGUAAAACACGACCUAGCGCUGACUGCGGCUCUGACCACCAACUUCUUUUUGCAACGCUAAAGCAAAAAUUCAAGGCAUGUGCUAGGAUCCGAAACAAGAGGAUAUCAAAAAUAAAAGAUACACAACAAUUUAAAAGCCAAUGUAAUGAAAGAUUAUAG